UUGAUUGAUUUAACCCGAGCCGCAGCUGUUGCGCUGCGUUGUGCCGCGUUUCUGUGUGAAAACUCCGAAUCGGCAGAGCUCCUAAUCGUUCGCAUUAUUUCCCACGUAGUUCGUUCUUUUCAUUGAGCGCGAAAAAUUGUCGGUCAUUCGCGUACCGGUAUGACCAGUCGAUAAAAUUAUCGAAGUUUCUAAUUAACAUUGUAGCUUCUUGAUCGUUCGUUCAGUGUGAACAUGGAUAAGUCAUUGCCGCUUUCGGUACCGGUUCUUCCCGAGCAAAGCUUCUUCGAGAAGCAUAUCCUCGCUGAGCUCGUCAUAAUAUCCUGGUUACUAUGCCUUUGGGAAAGGUAUCUUGCCUUGCGUCAGAGGAAAUUGAUGCAAAAACUGAAAGAUCCACCGCAACUUUUAGACGGUCUGAUAUCAGAAGAUGUCUACAGAAAAUCAAGAACUUAUGCAUUGGAUAAUAAUACUUUUGGACAUUUUCAAGACUUUUACACCAACGUUUUGAGCAGCUUGUACAUGAUCUAUUAUGGAUUCUACUAUUCCUGGACAUGGGGUGAGGAUCUCGUGAGAUGGAUCGGUUUAAAUCCAAAGAAUGAGAUUUACACAACCGCGGGUUGUCUUACGGUUUUGCGAAUUUAUUGGUUGAUUAUUUGUGACCUGCCGUUCGACAUCUACAGCACUUUUGUACUCGAGCAAAAGCACAAGUUCAACAACGAAACGCCACUGUUCUUCAUCAAGGACAGGAUUCUGAAAUUCUUUGUAGCUCAAGUAUUGCUAGUGCCUCUGACAUGCAUGACGAUCUGGAUAAUAAAGAACGGCGGCGAUUACUUCUACUUGUACCUCUGGAUCUUCACAGUAGUAAUAAGCUUAAUCCUGAUGAUCAUCUAUCCAGAGUUCAUAGCUCCGUUGUUCGACAAAUACACGCCGCUCCCCGAAGGCGAGCUAAGGAAGAAAAUCGAGGAAUUGGCUUCCAGCGUUGGAUUCCCUCUUUAUAAACUUUACAUUGUCGAGGGCUCGAAACGCUCGUCCCAUAGCAACGCCUAUCUCUAUGGCUUCCACAAGCACAAAAGGAUCGUGCUUUUCGAUACGCUUGUCGCCGAGUACCAGAGGAAAAAAUUGGAGACCGACCAGCAAGAGAAGCCUGAGAAUGCUGACGAUGAAGAGAAGAAGACGAAGGAGGAGAAAGAAAUCCGAGGCUGCGAAACCGAUGAGAUCAUAGCCGUUCUUGCUCACGAGCUUGGUCACUGGCACCAUAGCCAUGCUAUUUUGAAUUUUCUUCUCUCUGAGGUGAUCAUGCUCGGCAAUUUCAUCCUAUUUGCACAACUAAUGAACUAUUCGCCAGUUUACGAGGCCUUUGAAUUCCACGAUAGCAAGCCCAUUCUUAUAGGACUUAUGAUUAUUACAUCACACGUCCUUGCGCCGGUAAAUAAGCUGCUGAUCUGGAUGAUGACGGCGAUGUCGCGUCGUUUCGAGUUCCAAGCCGACACUUAUGCGGUGAAACUUGGCUAUUCGGAACCAUUGGCUCGAGCUCUGAUCAAGCUGCACAAGGAUAACUUGGGAUAUCCCCUCUUCGACAGGCUCUACUCCAACUGGCAUCACAGUCAUCCGCCUCUCCUCGAACGGCUGGAUGCCCUCAAGAAGGACGAUUAAAGUGAAAAGUAGCACA